AUGGAACUAAAUGGAACCAAGGUGGCUGUUAAAAGAGGAAACCCGAGAUCUGAACAAGGUCUUGCUGAGUUCAGAACAGAGAUCGAGAUGCUUUCCAAGCUUAGGCACCGCCACCUCGUCUCUCUCAUUGGCUACUGUGAUGAACGAUCUGAAAUGAUUCUUGUGUAUGAAUACAUGGCUAAUGGACCAUUACGGAGUCAUCUGUAUGGAACUGACCUUCCACCAUUGUCUUGGAAGCAAAGGCUCGAGAUCUGCAUUGGCGCUGCAAGAGGGUUACAUUAUCUCCACACGGGUGCAGCCCAGAGCAUCAUCCACCGAGAUGUGAAAACCACGAAUAUCCUCCUGGACGAGAAUUUCGUGGCUAAAGUUGCCGACUUUGGUCUAUCGAAAACCGGCCCGUCCCUUGAUCAGACACAUGUGAGCACGGCUGUUAAAGGAAGCUUCGGUUACCUCGAUCCAGAGUACUUCAGAAGGCAGCAACUGACAGAGAAAUCAGAUGUUUACUCGUUCGGAGUGGUUCUAAUGGAAGUCCUCUGCUGUAGACCGGCUCUGAACCCAGUUCUCCCGAGGGAACAAGUGAACAUCGCCGAAUGGGCAAUGACAUGGCAGAAGAAGGGAAUGCUCGAACAGAUCAUGGACUCGAACUUGGUGGGGAAAGUAAACCAGGGGUCUCUCAAGAAAUUCGGAGAGACAGCCGAGAAAUGCCUGUCUGAGCAUGGAGUUGACAGGCCAUCAAUGGGAGAUGUCCUGUGGAAUCUGGAAUACGCCCUUCAGUUAGAAGAAACUUAA